ACACGCACACCUUUCAGCCGCAUAGUGAACCAAACCAGGGACAGGCUCUACUGUCAAAUGCUUUCUCAUCAUUAUUGGUUUUCCUGUAGCUUUGGAGAGUUUUGAACUAUGCAAACUCUUACGCAGCUAUGUCGUCACUUGAGAGGAAAGACAUGUCUUCUUGAUCCCUUUCCGAGUCCACGGAUUUAAACCCAAUCACGGAUUUAACAUGAGCAGCGCUUCCUGGAGAAGUGUUUUCUUUUGUGCUCUCUUUAGCCUCACAGUCAUAAUUUUGAGCAGAAUCUCAGAUGCCACACUGGAAGGCUCCUCUAUGGGAUACCUGGGUAAGCCCUUUUCUCAGGAGCCAGCAGGGUUUCCUCAAAUCAUCCGGGUGUCUGAUGUGAAGGCGGCAUCUCCUGACGGCCAUGCUGUCGCCUCUCGAAGGAAAAGGAAUAUCUUUUAUCAGGGCGGACUCAGACUGUGUGGACAAGAGACUGCUGAGGAGGUUGUUGCAAACCAUUUAGGCUAUUUUCACCUUAGAGUGUGCCAGGAAACCGUGUGGGAGGCUUUCAAGAUCUUCUGGGAUCGACUGCCUGAGCAAGACGAGUACCAAAGCUGGAUGAACCAGUGCCAGGAAGAGACUGUCACUGUGCAGGAUAUUGGCAGCUAUUUUAGCCAGUCAGAGGAGCAUCAGGCUCUGGUCAAACAGAGAAUGUCGCAUUCAGUUUUGAAAAGUGAGCCCACCCGGUCCUGGAAGCAUAUGUGCAGCACACCAACACCAGCGAGUUCAGAAACAGCUGAAGCUCCUGAGUUAGAGGAAGUAGAUAAAGGAAAGGACAUCGCUGAUGUCAUUUCACCAGAGGUGGAAGAGAGUCCACUGUUCAAUGAAAUCACCAUUCAGCCCACGGCUGCUCCUGUUCUGGAGCAGGUGGUGGAGCUGAGCAUCCUCCUGACCGGAGAGGUCUUCAGCGACGAGCUCAGAGAUCCAGCCAGCCUCAAGUUCCAGACUCUCAGCAGAGAUCUUGCGGAAAAGAUAGAAGAUGCUCUAGAGGGGCUUCCCGGCUUUAAGAGUGUGUCUGUAAUCGACUUCAGACCACAGAAGGACACUCAGUGGUUGGACGGCAUAGUGGUGGAUUAUGCAGUCACAGUAGCGGUGGACGGAGCCGGAGUGAGCUCUGAACAACUGAACUACCUGACCCUGCAGUCCAACCUGGUGGAGAGCUCGUAUCGAGAGAUCAAGGAUCCCCCCACAGUGGUCUACACCGUCAACGAGAUUAGAAACAUCUUCACCGAACCUCAUCACAUCCACGAGCCAGAGAGUGUGUCUGAGAUUCCUGAACCAGUCAGCGUUGCACACGGAGCGGCGGGCAUUGACCUAUCAGAAGUCUUGACCCUGGAUCAUCCCACUGGCGGUGGAUCAUCACCACCAGUAGGACUCAACACCCUGGCACCAGAAGAGGACAUCGUUAUUCUGGAGGAGAGUGAACUAGCGUCACCUGAGGUGGCACUCGCCACCAAUCCACCUGAAGCUGGUAGCAUUGUGGAUGAAGAUCUGUUGCCGGAGGAUGUUGUGCUAGCCCCUGCUCCAGAGACCAUCCCAUCUAAAGAGCUCCUACCGGAGCCUCCCUCCCAGGAGACGCCAAAGAGCUCCACAUUGCCUGAGCCACCAGUAGAAAUGGAGGCAUCUGGGUCAGGCCGAGAUAACCUGUACAGUUUAAUUGAGCCAUCCAUUGAAGAAGACCAAAUCUCUCAUGUAGAGGCUGAAGAUGUUAAAUCAGAACCUGAGCAAGAAGAAGUUGAUGGUGCUUCAGUUGGAGAGGAAUCAGUUGCUACAACCUUUGAGGAGGGGCACCAAGAUGAGGUUGAGAUUUCAGAAAAGCCUGAGGUCUCUACAGUUUUAACUGUGACCAUAAUAGAACAAGGCCAGCCAGCUAUUUUACCCCCAAUAGAGACUGUGAAUGUACCAACUGAGGUGUCAGAGCCCGAUGUAGCCAAAACCAUGCUGCAUUCUGAUGUUGAUGAACCUGUGGUUCAGGCACCAGAGGACCCUAGCAAGUUUGGCAAAGUCUCUGACGAGGAUGUAGGGAUCAAUGUGAUUCUUACCUAUCCCGAUCAACCUGCAUUUGAUGAAAAAGGCUUUGACAAGACAAUUGAGAGUGAUGGAAGUGAAGUAAAAGAGGGAUCUUUGUCUGAAGCCAAGGAUAUAGAGGAAGAGGCACUUCUGACACCAGAGAUCUUAGCAGGAGAUCUUGUGGAGGAUGAGAUUUUGCUCGUCAACAGGGACCAUUCAAAGUUACCCGGAACAGACUUCCCACGUCAUCCAUUGCCAACUGCCCUGUCUCCAGAGAAGGAAUCCCCUUUUACCAUCUUCUCAUCCAUUGUCCCAGCUUUUAAUCCCCUACCUGACGAGGCCAUCACUUCACUGGUAAAGACCACUGAGGAGGACCUGGAUGAAGAUCACGGAUACGACCUGAUUCCUAAUGAUUAUGGCUUGACAAACCAGACAGAGGAAGGCAGCACUGGAUCCCCAUUCAGUGUGGCCCAAGGCACAGACCAAGUCAGCAUUGCCAUGCCUAUAAACCCGAGGCGAGCUCUGACAGUCUUCUUCAGCCUGAGAGUGACCAACAUGGUAUUUUCUGAGGAUCUCUUUAACAAGAGCUCCCCAGAGUACAAGGCUUUGGAACAGCGCUUCUUAGAACUGCUUGUGCCCUAUCUUCAGUCCAACCUGAGCCACUUUGAGAAUCUGGAGAUCUUGAACUUCAGGAAUGGGAGCAUCGUGGUCAACAGUCGGAUGAAGUUUGGGAAGCCUGUGGCCCGGGGCGUCACCACCACUGUGUAUCUAAUUCUAGAGGACUUCUGUAACACUGCGUACCAGACCAUGAAUCUAGCCAUUGAUAAAUACUCUUUGGAUGUGGAGUCGGGUGACCAAGCCGAUCCCUGCAAGUUCCAGGCAUGCAACGAGUACGCAGAAUGUAAAGUGAACAAGUGGUCCGGGGAGGCGGAGUGUGUCUGUAAUGCGGGCUACUUCAGUGUUGACGGCCUUCCGUGUCAAAGCGUUUGCGAGCUGCAGACAGACUUUUGCCUCAAUGACGGCAAGUGUGACAUCAUCCCUGGCCAGGGAGCCAUCUGCAGGUGUCGUGUUGGAGAGAACUGGUGGUACAGAGGUGAACACUGUGAGGAGUAUGUGUCUGAGCCUCUGGUGGUUGGCAUAGCCAUAGCCUCUGUCGCUGGUUUCCUGUUUGUGGCGUCUGGAGUGCUGUUCUUCCUGGCCAGGACACUUCGGGAUCAGUACGACAAGGAAGAGUCAGAGGAUCCCAUACGGCGGGUGGAGAGUCUUCCAUCAUUGGAAAGGGCAACCAAAUACAACCCCAUGUAUGAAAGUGAAGCCACAACAGGCUACAGCCACUAUUACCGUCGUUAUCCCGAAGCGCCUAUGUACAGCAGUGCCAGCGCCGAGGCAUCCACCGACUUUAGCAGCGAGGAGAUACGGCACAUCUAUGAAAACAGUGAGCUGACCAAAGAAGAAAUCCAAGACAGGAUACGCAUCAUUGAACUCUAUGCUAAGGACCGGCAAUUUGCAGACUUUGUGCGGCAGCAUCAAGCAGUUCUGGAUACACAGAGAGAAAGCUCCUCUAUGCACACAUAGAACUGCAAUGAACAACAUACUAAACAUGCUUCCUCAUCAAAAAUGAAGCUUCCUGUCAAGAUGUUUCUUUGAUCGCCAUGUUCCUCGUAUUACGGACUGAGUUUAGAUUAUUUUCAGCACUUUUGUAAUCGAAACAGUAAGUCUGCAUCUAUCGCUCUUUGCGUAGGUGGGUGUUGACCAUUCAUUCAUAAACCUCUGUGCCUUCUAACUGGGUGAGUCUCCUGUGACACUACGGCCCGUUUCUGCUCAUUUUUUUUGGCUGCUCAACUCCCAAACCUUUGGGAAAACCAGACGGCAUCCUGUGCGGACCAAACCAACAAGUAAUUAUUGUUUUGUGGGGUAACUGUUUAUUUGCAUUAUCUUCUAUUUGCCUUCUCUUAAAGGGGAAGAACAUAUAUUGAGAUAUGUUUGUAUAGUUAAACCGACAUUUGUCCAUCUGGGAUAUAUGUUUUUUUGAUCUUUGUCAUGCUCAGAUUUAUUUCCUAGCUCUAUCGAAGAGCCAUCAAAACCUAGGUAAUUUUUAGUUGUUGGUGCUAUUUUAAUUUUAAACACUCCUUCAGAUGUAUAAUGUCGUCGUUGAGUCAUUUACAGUUUGAAGCCAAUGGAUGGACUCUUUUGUAGAAUACAAGUGCAAGUCAACAUUCUGGGAAAAUGCAGAAAAAGCCAAAUUAUAGUUCGUCUUCUUGUUCACUGAUGUUUGAAGCGGUCAGCGGUAAAGCUAUGCCGUGUCAUGUCUCCCACCUCACCUACAUGAGAAAAAAAAACCUUCUCUAUAUGCUUAUUUAAUAGAACAAAGACCUUCGAUGGAAACAUUUAAAUCGAAGCACAUGCAUGUGCUUAAAUGGCCCAGUCAAAGUCCAGACAGAGCUUUUAAUUUUUUUGGUGUUCAUGGAUGUUCUCUAAAUCUGCUAAAACCUCAGGGACAUUUUCCAAUUAAUACUUAUCCACAACAAACUUUUCAGAUUUUUGUUUGUAAAAAUUUCUCUUACGCAUUUUAGUGUCUUCAUUGAACUUCACAGUUUUACUCCACUUUGUGUUGGAUGUCUGUCUCUAAUACCGCUCUGAAAUACCCUGAUGUUUGUCAUUGCAGUGUGAAAAAGUUCAGGAGGUACGAAUACCUUUGCAAAGCACUUUAGUCUUGACCGAUUGCCUAGUUCUUGGAAAAUAUAAAGCAGCAAAAAGCUGCACUGCUCUGAAGAGUAAAAGCAACAGUCGACUGUCUCAAUUUUUCACCCCUCCAGUUGAUUUAUUUGCCUGUUUUUAAUGGAUUUUCGUUGUGUGAAGUUGGUCCCACCUCCACCUUUUUCAAAUUGAAUAAAAUUGGUACCAAACGCUUGUGCUGGUUUGCGCCACUCUCAUUUUAAAGGUGCUAAUAAAUGUUUCCAGAGGUCAAUGAAGGUCAACCAGACAGCCCACAGUUACAAAAUCAAAUGAAAUCUGGGGUCAAUGCAGAUUUGCUAAAGUUGUGCUGUUUUGAGCAGAAAAAAAUGUUUGUUUCUUGACGUCCUCGGAGAUCAACCUGCCCUCCUCACAAAAUCAAACAAAACUGGUGUAAAUUAGUUGUGUUAUGUUUGUGCUGGUUUGUGUUGUUAGCAUCUUCUUAGCGCAGUCCUUUGACACCAAACCUGCUUGAUUUUGUAAAUGUGGUUGACAUUUGAUCGUCUCUGGAAACGUUUAUUAGAAUCUCUAAAAUGAUAGCAACACAAAUCACCAUUUUUACUGCACAAACCUUUGACACCAAUUUUGUUUGAUUUGAAGAACGUGUGAGGGGAACAGCUUCACUCAGGUAUAACCAUUUGGGUCUCCAAAUGCCUAACAAGGCAGAUAAAAUGCAUUUAGAUGGAAGUCAUGGAGGCAUUCAGGCCCAGGAUCUGAAUCCUGCUUUCAGUUUCACAUUGAGACGAUUGAGAAUCCCCGGAAAAGCAGCAAGCAAAGGAUGACAAACAACAGAUGCUCUCAGUAAAGAUACACAUAGAAACUUCCUUACUGCUGUCUGUCUUUUCAAUCUGAAGCUUUCUAGAUGACUAAUUCCAGUGUUUCCUAUGGUAUUCAUACACUGGAUUUGUUGUCCUUGACCCCACCCGUUCAUGGUGUGGCCCUUCACAUCUGCACCUGGUUAUGUUCUACUUGUGGACGCUGUCAGAAAGCAUGAGCGUCGGUUCUCUCUAGAGGUCACAGCUCCACACGUAGAUCAUGGCUUCAGAUUUUUGUUGGGAAUAAAUUGUUCUGUUAGUCAUCUACUCAAGUGGAAAAAAAAAAGAAGAAGAAAAUUUCAGAGCAGACCCCUGUGUCACUGUCAUGCCUUUUGCAAUCUGUCAGUUCAGUUUUAUUGUCUUGUUUUUGUGCAUGUAUCGGGUUAUUAUCACUGUCUUUCUGCAUCUGCCACCUGGUUAAACGGCCAGAAAUCAAACACAGUGCUCAUUCAUGUAAAUAACUCUGCAAAUGUCAUCAGUCACUGCAACAUAGGGUGUUAAUCUUGUAAGUCUCUUGUGUCUCUUUGUUUUAUAUUGAUGACUGUAACCAGUGCUAUCAUCUUGUGCAGCUGUAACGAGUUUAAAAACAAAUAAAUUAAACGCUUUA